GUUUGUUAUGAGGCACCGCAUCGUUAGAUUGUCGCUGUUCAGUGUUGUCAUUUCUAAACAUGUCCAUCAUGUGUAAAGCAGAGAGUUUUAUAUCUUGUCCUGAUUGUUGAGUUCCGUCACGAUGAGUAACCCUUGUAGAGAAGUCGUCACUCUUCAGCUGGGACAUUAUUCGAACUUUGUCGGGACUCACUGGUGGAAUUUGCAGGAUGCGUCUCUGUCAUACGACCCAGAGACGCCUCCGGGCGACGUCCAGAGUGAUGUCGUGUUUCGGGAAGGACAGACUCUGGGCGGACAUGUCACCCACACACCUCGCCUUAUUGCCAUGGAUCUCAAAGGAAGUCUUCGGACUCUGCGGCAGGAGGGAAGUCUGUAUGACCCUGGCAAAGACACCUCUGCUGUCACAUGGGAGGGAAACCUCAUGAUGCACAAGGAAAGUCCGCCUGCAAAGAACCCCUUUCUUGAAGAUUUGGACACGUUGGAUAGGGGGGAGAUCUUGGGCCACGCAGAUUUUUACAUCAAUUCCCAGCAGCCUCAGUGCUCAGCAGGUGCCGUGAGUGUGGACACUGUGAACAGCCAGCUGGACCGAAUCCAGAAGGGCUACAGGCUGGAGGGCAGUGUGAGGGUGUGGUCCGACUUCCUCAGGAUCCACCUGCACCCUCGCACCAUCUCUGUCAUCCACCAGUAUAACCACGACGGGGAGGCUCAGCGUCUGGAGGCUUUUGGCCAGGGAGAGGCUCUCCUGCAGGGGUCGGUGCUCGAGGAGCUGGAGGACAAACUCCACUUCUUCGUGGAGGAGUGUGAUUACCUUCAGGGUUUCCAAGUUUUCUGUGACCUGGCUGAUGGCUUUGCAGGCCUGGGGUCGGAGGUCACAGAGAUGCUGCAGGACUCUUACGGCGGGAGAGGCAUCCUGACGUGGGGGUUAGCACCUGUCAGCCACCCAAAUUCAACUCCAAUGAAAGACAUCUACCACCAGUUAAACUGCACAUUAGGGACCAUCCAGUUGGCCAAUAACAGCUCCUUCUUCUGCCCGUUGACCCUGCGUGGAGGAUUCGGCCGACGACCCUCCUCACCCACAACCUUCCCCUACCUCACCUGUGAUCCCUCACUGUGGUACCACUCCAGCUCCGUCCUGGCUCUGGCCCUCGACGCCCUCACGUUGCCUUACAGGCUGAGGAACAACAGCGUCCCCAUGUGGCAGGUGGCGGACACACUGGCCGUGUCUGGCAGAAAGGUGGUGGCUGCUUACGGCGCCCUCCCCUUUCCCAUGAUGCACGGCAGCUCCCUCCCCGACGCCCUGAGUGCCUGCGCAGAUGUGUUGCCAUGGAAACCGCUAUCGGCCUGCUCCGAGGCCGAGGGCAGUCGGUGCUACGGCCAGUGGGCGACACUCAAAGGCUUUGAGGGCCAGAAACUUAUCAGCUCUUUGGCUCCAGGGACUAAACCACCCACUCCUCUGCACAGCCUCCACAGCGGGGAAGACAUCCUGGCAGCCUACAUCAACUCUUUCUACCCUGCAUCUCCUCUCGCUCUACAGUUGGCGUCCACUCCCAGUAAGCUGACGCCACCUUUCCCUCAGAUAUUCAGCCGGUCCCUCGAUGCUCAGGGCUUCCUGCAGAGCCAGCCUGCCCCGCCCGGCUCUCCGUCCCCUGUGGUCUCGUCUGUACCCGUCAUGACGUCCCUCCAGUCGGGGCCCGCGCUCGGCCCGUGGCUCUCCGAGCUGCACCGUGGCGCCAGCGCUUUCGACAUCCGCCGCUUGGCCCCCAGCUUCCUCUCCCAGGGCCCUGAAAUGGCCGACUACAAGGAAACCCUCGAGCAGCUGCGCCUAAUGGCCCGGUGUUACCGUGACGACAGCAGCGGGAUGGUGCACUCCUCGUCAGAGGAAGAUGACGAUGACUGAGUCUGGCAGUCUCAGGUCCACGGGCUGGAGAGACUGAUGGCUGCUGAGCUGGCAUCUGCUUUGCUUACCAGCCUGCAUGCACUCAUACUGACACAGGGAGGAAGAGGAGCUGAGCCUCUGGUUGGUGAAGGACCAGCACUGAGUUACUGAAAACACAAAGAGGCGAACAGUUUCUGAUUGAACUGCGCUGCAAGACGUGAGAAUAUUAAGUAAGAGAUCCAUGUGUAGAAUUCAUGAAGGUUGAAGGAUGUAGCAUCAUAUGACUGUGUGGACUGGGAUUACUGUUCAUGUGUAAUUAAUGUGUUUUAUACUGAGUGUACAAUAUAAAAUUACUGUAUUUACAUAAAGAGAUGUACGUGUCACACUGGUUUGGACCGAAGUUCCUCUGACCAUACAUGGGACUUAAAGUUCUCAUUAUCAUAUUUCCAGAGCCCAAAACAACCAGCAGCUACAUUAAUAUUUAAGAAUCUGCCUCACACAGAAUCUCAUUCUUUACACAGAUACAGCCAGCUAACUGCUGCUAACCACAGCUGCUGCUGUCUAGUUAGCCUUGUAGCUAGUGUCUCUGACAUGGAGCUGGGAGUAGAAUUAUGAAAAAGGAUGGGUUGAUGCUAGCUGGUUAGCAUGCUGACGUCAGAGAUCUCUGAAUCUGGUGAUAAUUAAUCAAUUUUAGAUUGUAUAAAGUUAAAAUGUGUGUUGCUCAUAUUAAAAGAAGCUGAAGUCAGAGAACUUAAGUACUUGGAAAACUAAUAAAUUCUUGGCAGAAGGUUUCAGUUUGAGUCCUUUAAUCAAGCUUCGACUAUGGUCGGAAAAUUAUUUUUAGGAUGAUUUUUCAGGGACAAAGCCAACGUUACUGUGGAUAAUGCCAUAAGAAAAUCCCAUGAAGACCAAAACAAACUGUCAGUGUGUUCUGCUUGUGGGAUUUAGCCUUAAGCCCACUAAUUAAUUCUGAAGUAGUAAAACUUGAAAUGUGUAAAAGAAUUCAUUUCAUUUAAAAAAAAAACUCAAUUUCUAAACAAGCUGGGCUUUGUAGUUUUAUGAAAAAUGGGACAGCUGUGGCCUGGAAUGUGUAGAGAGAUGUCCAUUAAUGAUGGUGCUUCAGUUCAGUUCCAAAAUUACUCAGAUUGCUGGCUUUUCCUCAGUGUAUAUAUGAUUGUGACGUCUUUUGUGCUUUGAGUGGUUGGUAGAUAAAAUAAUCCACUUAUACAA